AUGCUCCCAGGACGUGAGUGGGCUGGGGUGGAACUGCGACCAUGUCCUCAUCCCCCGGUGGGCUGCCACCUCCCCUCCUCCUGUUCCUCAAUCCCCCCAGGCCACACCGGGUCUCUGAACCAGGGCCAGGCCCAGACUUAUGGCACCGGUGGGAGCCCUGUGCCCCUGCAGCAGCACCCUGGCUCCCAGGACCAGACCUACCUGGACGAACUCAUCAGCGUCCCCAAGGGCGGUGGGCCCGGCUUCAGCUUUAGGAAACUCUGGGCUUUCACUGGUCCUGGGUUCCUCAUGAGCAUCGCCUACUUGGACCCAGGGAACGUGGAGUCGGACCUGCAGUGUGGGGCAGUGGCGGGGUUCAAGUUGCUGUGGGUGCUGCUGUGGGCCACCGUCCUGGGGCUGCUGUGCCAGCGCCUGGCCAUCCGCCUGGGCGUGGUGACAGGGAAGGACCUGGCUGAGGUUUGCUACCUCUAUUACCCCAAGGUGCCCCGUGUGCUGCUCUGGCUCAUGAUUGAGGUCGCCAUCAUCGGCUCUGACAUGCAGGAGGUGAUUGGGACAGCCAUCGCCUUCAGCCUGCUCUCGGCUGGCCGCAUGCCCCUCUGGGGUGGGGUCCUCAUCACCAUCGUGGACACCUUCUUCUUCCUGUUCCUUGACAAGUAUGGGCUCCGCAAACUGGAGGCUUUCUUUGGCUUCCUCAUCACCAUCAUGGCCCUGACCUUCGGCUACGAGUAUGUGAUGGUGAGGCCGAAGCAGGUGGAGGUGCUGAAGGGCAUUUUCCUGCCCUACUGCCCGGGCUGCGGGCGAGAGGAGCUGCUCCAGGCUGUGGGCAUCGUCGGGGCCAUCAUUAUGCCCCAUAACAUCUUCCUCCACUCCUCCUUGGUCAAGACACGGGCAAUCGACCGAUCCAAGAAGGAGGCAGUGCAGGAGGCCAACAUGUAUUUCCUGACUGAGUCCUGCCUGGCCCUCUUCAUCUCCUUCCUCAUCAACCUCUUUGUCAUGGCUGUCUUUGGCGAGGCUUUCUACCGCCAGCGAAAUGAGGACGUGCACAACAAGUGCGUCAACAGCAGCGUCAGCUGCUAUGCCAGCAUCUUCCCCUCCAACAACGAGACCGUCUCCGUGGACAUCUACCAGGGGGGUGUCAUCCUGGGCUGCUAUUUUGGGGCGGCAGCGCUGUACAUCUGGGCCAUCGGGAUCCUGGCAGCGGGGCAGAGCUCCACAAUGACCGGGACCUACGCGGGGCAGUUCGUCAUGGAGGGCUUCCUCCAGCUCCGCUGGUCUCGCUUUGCCCGGGUGCUCUUCACCCGCUCCUUUGCCAUCCUGCCCACUGUCUUCGUGGCCGCCUUCAAGGAUGUCAGCCACCUCUCCAGCGUGAAUGACCUGCUCAACGUAAUCCAGAGCCUUCUGCUGCCCUUCGCCAUCCUGCCCGUCCUCACCUUCACCAGCCUGCGCCCACUCAUGCAGGACUUCACCAACAGCCUCCUGGGGAAGGUGCUGAUGGCCCUCAUCACAGGGCUGGUCUGUGCCAUCAACAUCUACUUCGUGGUGGAUUUCCUGCCUACACUGCAGGGCUUGCGGUACCACAUUCCCUUGGGCCUGCUGCUGACCGCCUACGUGGUCUUCAUCGCCUACCUGAUCUGGACAUGUGGCAUCGCGCAUGGAGCUCGUUUCCUGGCCCGGGGCCACCACAGCCAGUUCAGCUUUGGUGUCAACUUCAACCCGCCAGCCCUGGAGGGAACCCAGUGA